AUGGUUAGUAUGACGGGUAUGACGUAUCGUUUUCACACAUGUACUCGACAUUUCAGCACAUCGCGAUUCCUUUCUAGUUUUCCUCGGUGUUUUAGAUCUGGAAAGUUUGCCAACGAGUGCGAGUUUUUCCUUGAAAACGUUCACAUAUUAUCCUCGAAUGCAUCAUGGACGACGAUUGGGAGCAAUUAGCUGAGGAGGACAACGUGGUCAUACCACCUAAGGUACCCAAUAUCAACAAAUGGGACGGCGAAGAUGAGGAUGAAGACGUCAAGGAGAGCUGGGAAGAUGAAGAAGAGAAAAAGGAUGAAGAGAAAGUUGAAGUGAAAACAGCAAAGACGAAACCUAAAAAAGCAUUACAGGAAAAAAUUAGUGAAAAAGAACGGCAACAAAUAGAAGAAGAAGAAAGAUUGGAGGAACAGCGAAGGCAAAAUAUGACGCCAGAAGAAAAAUUAGCUGAAAAACUUAGAUUACAAAAACUUCAAGAAGAAGCCGAUCUUAAAACCGCCAUGGAAUCAUUGGGUUUUAAUGUUGGAGCAUCAAAUAUUGAUGCAUUGAAUCCAACCAAUAAAGAAGAAUUUACUGAAUUGGCUCAGGCAAUUAGCACAAAGGUAGCGAACUAUAAAAAUUCAGAUGAAUUUCCAGGUUUUAUUGAAGAACUAGUCCGAAGUGUGUGUGCAAACUUAACUGCAAGCGAUUUACGUAAAAUAAAAUUAACCGUCGAAAAUUUACACUUAGAAAAACAAAAAAUGGAAAAGGAAAAGAACAAAAAGGCAGGUCCUAAAGGCAAGACAAAAAUCAAGUUGCGCGUCGAGGGGGAUAGUGUAAAAUCAACCAACAUCAAUGACUACGGAUACGAUUAUGAUUACGAUGAUUUCAUGUAACAUACGGUUAUUUUCUUCUCUGUUGUGUUCAACAACCAACCACAUGAACAACAAUAAUUGUUUUCUUUGAAUCAAAAUUUCAAUUACCCACGAUUUACUUUUCCUUUUCCCUUCUUUAAAGUCAACAGUCAGUGGAAUAUCUAACAACUAAAUAUUUUUUUUUGAGCAGUGUUGUAUUAUAAGCUGAAAAACAAAAAAUAAUACAAUUCGGAAGAGUCACAGAGUGAAUAUGAGAGAACGUCAAUAGGAAUAAAAAUAAGAAUGCAAUCCAUCAAAUUGUUGUAAAUCUCAACAAAUCUUGUAAUUGGAAUUUCGAAUUGUUUAAAUAAGAUUUAAAUAAAGUUUAUUUUUCAAAAAUUG